AUGACUUCCAACGGCACUAACGGCGCACACGCGCCAACCCCGUCUCCUGCUUUCGAUACCUCGUCCACCAUUCCCCUGUGGCUGGACGGACAAGAAGUCAAGCUGUCGUCGACCUUUGACGUGGUCUCCCCGCUCGACCAGAAGACACUUUACAAGUGCUCGUCGGCCGACGAGGAGGACGUGCAGAAGGCCAUCGCCGCCGCCGAGAAGGCAUUCACGACGUGGUCCAAGACGAAGCCCAGCUUCCGGAGAGAUAUCUUCCUGCGCGCGGCCGACGAGUUCAAGCGGAGACGAGACGAGCUGAAGCACUACAGCUACGGCGAGACGGGCGCCGUCGAGGGCAUGUUCGCCUUCGAGCACAACCUGGCGUACGAGGCCUGCAAAAGCGUCGCCGGCCUCAUCCAGGUCGCUUCGACCUCUACCAUGCCUGUCGUGGCCGAAGAGGGCGCCAAUGCCAUGGUGGUUAAGGAGCCGUUUGGUGUGGUUCUCGGGAUUGCGCCGUGGAACGCCCCUUAUGUCCUGGGUCUCCGUGCCUGCUUGCAACCUCUUGCCAUGGGAAACACAGUCAUCCUCAAGGGCCCUGAAGCCGCUCCCGCAACCUACUGGGCUCUCGCCUCUAUCCUUCACACCGCCGGCCUGCCCGCAGGCUGCCUGAACACCAUCUACCACCGGCCCGCAGAUGCUGCGAAGGUGACUUCAGCGCUGAUUUCUCACCCAGCCAUCAAGAAGAUCAACUUCACGGGCUCGACGGCCGUGGGCGCCAUCAUCGCCUCCCAGGCCGGGAAGUACCUGAAGCCGACGGUCAUGGAACUCGGCGGCAAGGCGCCCUCCAUCGUGUGUGAAGACGCCAACAUCCAGACCGCGGCAUUGCAGUGCGCACUGGGUGCGUUCCUGCACGCGGGCCAGAUCUGCAUGGCGACGGAACGGAUCAUCGUGCACGAGAAGGUGGCGGACCAAUUCCGCGAGGCGCUCAAGCAGACGAUGGACAACGUCUUCACCGAGGCGCCGGGCGGCAUGGGGGUGCCGCAGCUCGUGACGGCGGCGCCGGUGCUGAAGAACAAGAAGCUGCUGGAAGACGCGCUGUCCAAGGGGGCCAGGACGGUGUACGGCGACGCGCAGCACAGCGAGGCGUCGGCCACGCGCAUGCGGCCCGUCAUCAUCGAGAACGUCACUCCCAAGAUGGACAUCUACCACACCGAGUCGUUCGGGCCGACCGUGUCGCUGUACGUGGUGGCGGACGACGCAGAGGCGCUGCAGAUCGCAAACGACACCGACUACGGCCUGGCCAGCGCCGUCUUCACCGAGGACCUGCGCCGUGGCCUCAAGCUGGCCAGGCAGAUCGAGAGCGGGGCCGUCCACAUCAACGGCAUGAGCGUCCAUGACGAGGCCGCCCUCCCCCACGGCGGCGUCAAGAAGAGCGGCUUCGGUCGCUUCAACGGCCUGCCUGGCCUGGAGGAGUGGGUCCGGACAAAGGUGAUUACCUGGAAGGAUUGA